CAAAUCAUUCAAAUUCAUACUAUCUGUAUUGACAUCAACAUGGACUCUCCCCAGACCAAAUACUUCUACUUCCCUCCACCACCCCACACUUUCCAACCACCACCUCCUCACCCCUUUAAGCCGCCACCUCCGGCAGCAAAGCCGCCCAGUCCCUCAAGGUCGCCACCGCCACCACCCCCAUCUCACCCUUUUGCUCCACCACCUCCUCAUGUACCACCUCCUCAUGUACGCCCUCCGCCGCCACCUCAUGUGCACCCUCUGCCGCCACCUCAUGUGCGCCCUCCACCGCCUGCACCGUCACCAAACAACAAUCCCACAGUAAUAGUCAUUGUGUUCAUCUCAUUUGGAGGUCUUUUCUUCCUUGCAUUCCUUGCAGCUGCUGUCUUUUGUUGCAUUAAGAGGAGAAAGAAGAAGACAGUUGAAGAAACCGACAUCAUUCACGUCGAUGAACACAGGAAGGUCAAUGAGGCUAUCAUAGAGGGGCCCCAUGGAUCUCAGGCUGUGAUAUUGUCAAUUGAGGAUGAUGUGCAUAUUGAUGAAGUGAUUAAGAAGAACGAGAAGUUUGGUGAAGGUUUGCAUGCUAAGUCUGCAGAGGGCAAAUCAGCUGGCACCCUUGAGGGGGGAACAUCUUCUUCAGAUCACCACCACCUUGAACACAAGGCUAAUUGAUCACACGUCAAUUACACGAAUAAUAUCCCUCAUCAAUCUGAGCAUAUAUUGCAAAUUAUUAUGUAAUAAGUUCGUGAUUAUUUUAUUUUAUUUCUCUUGCUCUUAAGAAUAAAAGUUGCAGCCCAGCAGCAACUGAAAAAAUUAAUAAAACUUGCAACUAAACAGUGUCUUAUUUCUUUAUAA